AUGGCUUCUAACGCGCCUGGAGCUUGCUGUGCCUCUGGCUUCCGCCACGAGGGCACCCCCGUCGGCGAGACCAAGAACAUCAAUGGGACCGAGACAUACAUCGUCUACCCCAAGGGCAACCAGUCCCCCGAGAAGGCCAUUGUCAUCCUCAGCGACAUAUUCGGCAUCUACGUCAACGCCCAACUUCUCGCCGACGAAUACGCCGAUAAUGGUUACCUCGCCGUGAUCCCUGACCUCUUCCGCGGCGACGCCAUCAAGCUCGCCGAUAUGGAGUCUGGAAAGGCCGACCUCCCUUCCUGGAUCCCCAACCACCAGCCUUCCGCUGUUGACCCCGUUGUUGAGGCUACCAUCAAAUACGUCCGCCAGGACCUUGGUGUAAAGCGCGUUGCUGGUGUCGGGUACUGCUUCGGUGGCAAGUCUGUCUGCCGCUUCCUGAAGCCCGGAAAGCUUGACGUUGGAUACACUGCCCACCCCUCGUUCGUCACCGAAGAAGAGCUCGGCGCUGUCUCCGGUCCCCUGUCCAUCUGCGCUUCUGAAAUCGACCAGAUCUUCACCACUGAGCAGCGCCACAAGUCCGAGGAGAUCCUCGCCAAGACCGGCCAGCACUGGCAGAUCAACCUCUACAGCGGCGUCACCCACGGCUUCGCUGUCCGUGCCGACCUCAGCAACAAGCACCAUAAGUUCGCCAAGGAGCAGGCUUUUGCCCAGGCUAUUAGCUGGUUCAACCAGUACGUGUAA